AACAACAACCACUUUUUUCGGUUGCAAACGCCUUAUGGGUUGAUAAUCGCAUUCACUUAAUUCCAUCUUUUAAAGAAAUCACUGAAACAAUCUACAACGCAAAAGUGGAAAACGUCGACCUUACAUUGGAGGGUGAUAAAGUUAGGGAAGAUGUAAACAUAUGGGUGGAAAAGGAGAUCGAGUUCUCAUUCGGAAGGCAGAAGAUCAUGGUUUUCUGCACUCAAUCAAAACAAACACCGAAUCAAGUUUCCCCAAUUCGUCUUGGACCUCAUGCAAGGCCGUUCCAUUCGAUGUCAGAGGUGGCAAAGGGGGUUUUCUUACUUGAUCUGAGUUUUGGUUUUUGGGAAAGAAGAUUAGGGUUUUGAUGAAAAAUCAAGUUUUGGGGGUGUUCUUAUUUGGCAUCUCAUUUAUUUAUUAUCAUCAAGCGAAACAAAGAAAAAAGAAGAUAGAUCUAUCAUUUGUCCAUGCUUCAAGGUCGAAGACAUUUCUCAGGAAGAUUGAGCUCUCUGCGUUUUUCUCGAUCUAUGAAUCCAUUUCCCCGGUAAUAUGAAUUUUUUCCCCUUUAUCUCUAUAUGAUUGUUGUUUGUGGAUAUUGUUUUUUCAUUGGUAUUAGGGUUUCUUUCUGUAAUUGCUCUUAGCUGAGUGGAUUUUUAGAGUAACUUAAAUUCACGGUUAAUAAUAUAUUUUUUUGUUUUUUUCUGUGAGGGAUUUGGGAUGUUUUGGGGUCGGCCUAGGAUGGGCAAUCGGAGAUGGAGAGCUCGGUUGGCCUUGGGAGAUGGUAAUUUGGGUCACUCUUUCUUCUGCUGAUUCUCAGAAGCAAUUGAGAAGUGUUGAAAUUUUUUAGGUCAUUAUCUAUUUUGGAAAAGAAACUUCUUUUCAGGAUUGUGGAGGAAACAACCAGGAAUAACGAUGGAGGAAGCUACUGAUGGUAUGUUUCUCAUAACUUUUCAAUCAGAAUUUGUUAAACAAAGGAUUAUUAGAGGUCAACCAUGGCAUUUUUUGGGUCAUUAUCUGUCGCUUGUGGAGUCAUCUGGGAUUAAUCAGGUUGUAGUGGAGGAUUUUAAGAAUAUUUCGUUUUGGAUCCAAGUUCAUGGUAUUCCUAUAAAAAACAUUAAUGAAACUUUGGGGUCAAAAAUUGGAAUGAUAAUAGGAAUUUUUGCUGAAUAUGAUGCUGAAAACUCAAGAACUUUUAUGCGAAUUAGAGUACUUUGGGAUAUAAAUCGUCCUUUAUUAAGGGGAAUGUUAUUUGAGGGGGAGGACCAACUAUCUAAUAUGUGGAUCUCUUUUAAGUAUGAAAGGCUAAAUACUUUUUGCAAGUUUUGUGGUCUAUUGGAUCAUGUUCAUACCGAGUGUGUAGCACUUUUGGAGGAGAUCGAGGCAGGAACUCGACCAAUCUUACAGUACGAUGAUAAAAUCAAAACAACUGGUUUAGAUCAUAUGUUUUCGCCGGUUCGCUCCUCAACUACUGGAGGACCUAUACAUAAAUCAGUGACUCAAAUGGCUAAGGAUGUUGCCCUAAAGAAGGCUAGUAAUGCAGUGCUGGGAUUAACCACUAAGAGGCAGAAAAUCUUCAUAUCUGAUCAAGAGCAAGGGACAACUUACACUCAGAGAGCUAUAAGUAAGGAAGAAGUUUCUUUGCUAAAUCAGAAACCGAUUGAUUCAAAUAAGAGUGAUUAUACUAAUAUUGCCUUCAUAGAGAGUGGUAAUGCAGCUGAGAAAACAAGAAAUUCAGAGCUAUCAAAGGGGAAAACAAUUGAAGUGGGGGCUAACUCUGGAUCAAAAGGGAAGACUAAAAAUUCAAAGGCAUAAAACUCAUUGACAAAUGAGAUAGGAUUGCUAUUACUAAGUAUUUCAAUAAAUGUGUGGGCUGUUUUCUAGCUAAAAGUAGACUAUUAUUGGGUGUUUUUUAAUGUUAUGUUGUGUGUUUAUUUCAAGAACAUAAGUCAUGGAUGUUUUCUGGUUUUAAGUAUAUGUUUCUCUUGUCAUAUUUUAAAGCGUAAAUUUCCUAUUUUAUUCCUCAAAU